AAGAAAAUAGAAGCCUUAUUUUGCUCUCUGUUCUUUCUCUCAACAAUCGUUCCAACAAAUCAAGAGAGUUGAAUUCUGAAGCUUUUGCUACGUUUCUACCAUUCAGGUUUGUUUCUCCGAACGCGAAAAUCUAAUACUUCUUUUAGGGUUUGUGAUGGAUGAUCUGCGAGAAUCUAUGUUCUAUCCGACUUCAUUUAUCUCAGUGAAGUUUUCUGCGCUUCCACGAUGCAAAUAUAGGGUUUCGCGUUUAGGGUUCCUUUCAAUUUAUUUAUUAUCGGGGUUUUCAUAAGGAUCGGCAAUACCCUAAUUUGGGGUUUGGGGAGAGUCUCUAUUGACGUUGCUGAUCAGGGUUAAAUUAUUGGUCUUUGAUCCAAGUCUUCAAUGGGUUUUGAUCUUGAUGUUGUUGAUCUUCCUCGAUCAGCAUACUUUUGUUGCCGUUCAUCACUUGCUUUACGAUUGUUAUUUUGCGAAUGGAAAAUUUGGGAACCAAAAGGUUUUGGGUUUUGGAUGAAGAAUUAAGUCUAUGGCUGGGAUUUAAUCAUUGAGUUAAUGACUGAAAGCAUGAGCCAUGGAGAAUUUUAUUGAUAGGAUACAGUACCUGAUCUGGGAUGUCAUUACAAUGCCAUGUUUGUUUUUUAGAAUAUCAUGGAUACAAAGUUUGCACGAAGGACUGAGCGCAUUGGUAGAACAACAUGCUCUUAUUGGAGAGCUGGAAGAUGUAACAGAAAUCCUUGCAGAUUUUUGCACAUAGAGACACCAUCUCCACCUGCUGCUUGUGGUUAUGGCAAUACUGCAUAUAACUACGGAAAAAAGCCCCAUUCCUCCUUUGAGAAUACCCUGAAAUAUGGUUCAAAGAAAGCAUUGCUUAGAGAUUAUGGAGAUAGAGGAGAUGCAACAAGGGUUGCUAAGGCUUUCAAGAAAUCAUCACCAAGGAUAUGUAAAUACUGGAUCAACAACAAUUGUGUACAUGGUGAACAAUUCCUGUAUCUGCAUUCAUGGUUUCGUGGUGAUGGGUUUUCCACUGUAAUGAAACUUCAAGAACAUAAGAAGGUUAUCACUGGCAUCGCACUUCCUGUUGGAUCCGACAAACUUUAUUCUGGCAGCACUGAUGGGACAGUUAGGAUAUGGGACUGCCAUACUGGUCAAUGUGCUAAAGUCAUCAAUCUUGGUGCUGAGGUUACCUCUUUGAUCAGUGAGGGGUCAUGGAUUUUUGUUGGUCUGCAAAAUGCUGUCAAGGCUUGGAAUAUCCAGACCAUGUCAGAGUUUACUCUUGAUGGACCCAAAGGCCGAGUCCGUGCCAUGACUGUUGGCAACAAUACACUCUUUGCUGGUGCAGAGGAUGGUGUCAUUUUUGCUUGGAGAGGAAGCUCUAAAGCCGAUUCUCCUUUUGAACUGGUUGUGUCACUCACUGGCCACACUAAAGCAGUGGUUUGUCUGGCGGUUGGAUGCAAGAUGCUGUACUCCGGGUCCAUGGACCAAAGCAUAAAGGUCUGGGACAUGGAUACAUUACAGUGUACAAUGACACUAAAUGAUCAUACUGACGUAGUCACAUCCCUUAUCUGUUGGGAUCAAUAUCUGUUGUCAAGUUCAUCUGACCGCACAAUUAAGGUCUGGGCUUGCAUUGAAGCAGGAUCUUUGGAAGUGAUAUAUACACACACCGAAGAAAAUGUAAGUGUUGACUUAAUCUUAUUUGGUCAAUCUCCUAAGUUGAUGAUUUUUUUAUAUUACAGGGUGUUGUUUCACUUUUUGGGACGUUUAUUUGCCAAGAAAGAUGUGGCAUUGAUUGAGUUAUGUCCUGGUGGCCUCUUCUUCACUGGAGAUGAGAGUGGUUUGCUGAUGGUGUGGAAAUGGUUGGAGGUACCCAAGGUGGCAUCCUCUUGACGUGUUUCCUUUCAACAUUGGAGUUGUAUUAUCCCAUCUAUUUCCUCUUGAAGCAGAUGGUGAUAAGGAUGAAUUUAUUUGUCUAAGCAGUAAAUUCACUGUAAAAACAAUUGUAUAGAAAUUGACAAUUUUAUAGAAAUACCAAUUUCAUUCUUUUAUAUUCUUCCCAGCAGAUGUAAUCUUCUCCUGCUUUGAUAAAUAUAUUACUAUUGUAAGUAACAUGGUUUGUAAUGAAGUCUGUUUUCAAAUUCUUUCUAUCAUUAUCAAAGAAAGAUGUGGCAUUGAUUGAGUUAGGUCCUGGUGGCCUCUUCUUCACUGGAGAUGAGAGUGGUUUGCUGAUGGUGUGGAAAUGGUUGGAGGUACCCAAGGUGGCAUCCUCUUGACGUGUUUCCUUUCAACAUUGGAGUUGUAUUAUCCCAUCUAUUUCCUCUUGAAGCAGAUGGUGAUAAGGAUGAAUUUAUUUGUCUGAGCAGUAAAUUCACUGUAAAAACAAUUGUAUAGAAAUUGACAAUUUUAUAGAAAUACCAAUUUCAUUCUUUUAUAUUCUUCCCAGCAGAUGUAAUCUUCUCCUGCUUUGAUAAAUAUAUUACUAUUGUAAGUAACAUGGUUUGUAAUGAAGUCUGUUUUCAAAUUCUUUCUAUCAUUAUCAAAGAAAGAUGUGGCAUUGAUUGAGUUAGGUCCUGGUGGCCUCUUCUUCACUGGAGAUGAGAGUGGUUUGCUGAUGGUGUGGAAAUGGUUGGAGGUACCCAAGGUGGCAUCCUCUUGACGUGUUUCCUUUCAACAUUGGAGUUGUAUUAUCCCAUCUAUUUCCUCUUGAAGCAGAUGGUGAUAAGGAUGAAUUUAUUUGUCUGAGCAGUAAAUUCACUGUAAAAACAAUUGUAUAGAAAUUGACAAUUUUAUAGAAAUACCAAUUUCAUUCUUUUAUAUUCUUCCCAGCAGAUGUAAUCUUCUCCUGCUUUGAUAAAUAUAUUACUAUUGUAAGUAACAUGGUUUGUAAUGAAGUCUGUUUUCAAAUUCUUUCUAUCAUUAUCAAAGAAAGAUGUGGCAUUGAUUGAGUUAUGUCCUGGUGGCCUCUUCUUCACUGGAGAUGAGAGUGGUUUGCUGAUGGUGUGGAAAUGGUUGGAGGUACCCAAGGUGGCAUCCUCUUGACGUGUUUCCUUUCAACAUUGGAGUUGUAUUAUCCCAUCUAUUUCCUCUUGAAGCAGAUGGUGAUAAGGAUGACUUAUUUGUCUGAGCAGUAAAUUCACUGUAAAAACAAUUGUAUAGAAAUUGACAAUUUUAUAGAAAUACCAAUUUCAUUCUUUUAUAUUCUUCCCAGCAGAUGUAAUCUUCUCCUGCUUUGAUAAAUAUAUUACUAUUGUAAGUAACAUGGUUUGUAAUGAAGUCUGUUUUCAAAUUCUUUCUAUCAUUAUCAAAGAAAGAUGUGGCAUUGAUUGAGUUAGGUCCUGGUGGCCUCUUCUUCACUGGAGAUGAGAGUGGUUUGCUGAUGGUGUGGAAAUGGUUGGAGGUACCCAAGGUGGCAUCCUCUUGACAUGUGUUUCCUUUCAACAUUGGAGUUGUAUUAUCCCAUCUAUUUCCUCUUGAAGCAGAUGGUGAUAAGGAUGACUUAUUUGUCUGAGCAGUAAAUUCACUGUAAAAACAAUUGUAUAGAAAUUGACAAUUUUAUAGAAAUACCAAUUUCAUUCUUUUA